UGGAGCACACAAUACUACGGCCCGGAUGGCCCCUGGCAAGCAGUAAAAGUUACUGUAGGCGGUACCAGUCCUGACAUUCUCCUGAUCAACGAGGAUCACCGGCAGCUAGACCUUCUACCUGGUGGUGAAUGGAAUAGUAAAAUUCUCACUUCGAAGGCAUGCAAGCCAUACAAGAACUCAAGGUGUGGCAAAGGAGGAACUUGGGAUCCCGACUUUCCUCCAAGCGUCAGUGCUUCUGGAGAUUGGAUGGAUGAAGCCUCUAAGGUGAAUUCCAGUGGACAAGGGAUACUUCUCCAAGCUUCAACGGUGGAGAGCUUCUCGUAUUGGAACUCGAGUUUGGUCUUGAUUGAAGACAUUGUGAUCAAAAACCCUGACGGGAGCGUACGUGGACCGGAGCUAGGAUCGUUCGCGUUAGGAGGACCAGAACAGUCGCAAAAGUUCGCCACCGAUUCGACCUUCGCCAAUGCACCGAUGGUUGGCUUCAGCUAUGCAGGCGCUGCAUACAAUCGUAGUGCUACAAGAUCAUUCUCGUACGGCUUGCAGAUUGGAUCAGCGUUUCAUAAUUACCCGGGCUCUUUGCUCAUCGGUGGUUACGACAAGGGGAGACUUGUAGGAUCAUACACAUCAUUCAACAAAGCUCCACUCCUACUAGACGUUAGCAUUGGAGUCGCUACUGGUGGCUCGCCAUUCAGCUUCAAAGAGAAGCAUAAUCUGUUACUGAGUAACAAGAGUCAGGUUACAACACUUUUUGCUCUACCAGAUCCACGACAAACAUACAUCCAUCUCCCUGGCAAAACCUGCGAAGAGAUUGCGAAAUACUUACCCAUCAAAUUCGACGACACAUUGAGAUAUUGGCUGUGGAAUACGGCAGAUUCAGCCUAUCGAACCAUUGUAACUUCUCCGGCAUAUCUUGGCUUCACUUUUCCUCCGGCUUACGGUGCAUCAAACAACGUAACCAUCAAGGUACCGUUCAGUCUUCUAAAUCUAACGCUCGAUACUCCUAUAGCAGAGAAGCCGGUAGCAUAUUUCCCCUGCCAGAGCUACGAGCCAUCGUCCAAAGACACUCCAUACAUACUUGGUCGCGCUUUUCUUCAAGCAGCCUUCAUAGGUCGGAACUGGAAUCGCGAAGUGUCUUGGUUGGGCCAGGCUCCCGGCCCCGGUAUUUCGAAGAACGGCCUUGGGAAUGUCAUGUUGAAUAUCGAUGAUGCCGAUAUAGACCUACCGGAUGUGUAUACGAACGAAACUCUUUUCACGGAGAGUUGGGCUAGCUACUGGACGCCACUUCCAGAGAAGGAAGACAAACCAAUCUCUUCCACACCUAUUCCAUCUACCACUCCAGAUCCAAUAUCCUCCACAACAGGACUCAGCACAGGAGCAAAAGUAGGAAUUGGCCUGGGCGCAGCUGCAGUAGCCCUUCUCGGUGCCGGUGUAGUUCUCCUCUUCCUUCGCCAUCGUCGC